AUGGAGGUAGCACCGGAGCCGACAAUAGAAGUAGAGCCUGAACAAGAGAAAAAUCAAAUCACAGGGAAGAAGCGGCCACCAGCACCAUUCCCACAGAGAUUGGCCAAGUAUCAGAAAGAUGAGCAGUAUGAUGAAAGACUUGAUGUCCCGCAAGUUCAACUUUCAAGACUUGGCCACGGUUACAUUGACUCAGACCUGCAGCAACUUUCAUUUGCUAAGGCAAUGUGUGAUCUGGGAGCAAGCAUAAACCUUAUGCCCCUGGCUAUCUACAAAAGUCUAGGCAUUGGAAGAGCUAUACCCAUGUCUAUGUUACUACAACUGGCUGAUCGAACAGUGAAGAGGCCCUCUGGGAUUCUACAUGAUGUAUUGGUACAGGUUGGGAAGUUUGUGUUCCCAGAAGAUUUUGUCAUCCUUGACUGUCGGGUUGACGAGGAAAUUCCCAUAAUUUUGAUAAGGCCAUUUUUGGCCACUGGGAGAGCCUUAAUAUUGUGA